AUGGUCUCUUUCAAGGUCUUCCGCGGUACCCCAGAGGGCAAGAUCGUCGCCGACAAUGUCGAGCGCGAGCUCGAGAACCACGAGGUCUUUAUCGAGACAACACACUCUGGCGUCUGCGGCACUGAUAAGCUCUACAUGACCAGCGGCGUUGUCCUGGGCCAUGAGGGUGUCGGUAUCGUCAAGGCUGUUGGUUCCGCCGUCACAAACGUUAAGAACGGCGAUAGAGUCGGAUUCGGCUACACUCACCAGAUCUGCGGCCACUGCGAUAACUGCUGCACCGACCGCGACCAGUACUGCCGUGACCGCCAGAUCUACGGCUUCGCUGAUUUCAACAACGGUUCUUUCUCAUACGGCGCUGUUUGGGAUUCCAAGACUGUUUGCCCUAUUCCCGAGGGCUACGAUUCCGCUGAUGCGGCUCCUCUGCUUUGCGCUGGAUCUACUGUCUGGACAUGUCUUACCCAGUACGGUCUCCGACCUCUUGAGUCAGUAGGUAUCGUUGGUAUUGGUGGCCUUGGCCAUCUCGCCAUCAAGCUGGCCGCCGCUAUGGGCAACCACGUCGUUGUCUUCUCUAGCUCCGAGUCCAAGCGACAGGAGGCUAUGGAUUACGGUGCUUCCGAGUUCCACGUUUACAAGUCUGGCGACAAGGCUCCUGAGGGCCUUAAGCCCGUCAAGCACCUCCUUCUCUGCGGCAGUGGCAACAUCGACUACAGCGGCCUUGCCUCUAUCGUUGACUACGACGGUUCCAUCUACCCUCUCACCGCCGCUCUUGAGGCUACUCCCGUUCCUCUCACUGAGCUCUCUCUCAAGGGUAUCCGCAUCCAGGGAUCUCUUGUUGGCUCUCGCGACAGCGUCCGCAAGCUCCUCGAGUUUGUCGCCAGAAAGAACAUCACUCCCACUACCAUGAAGUACUCCCUUAACGAGGAGGGUAUUGAGAAGGCUCUGCACGACCUCAAGGACGGUAAGGUCCGAUACAGGGCUGUUCUUGUCAAGGAGUAG